CGGAGCUAGGUCAUAAUUCGCAGUCUUCCUAUUCGUCGAUUCUGUCGCGUCGCAUUUUAUCGCUGAACUUCUUUUUUUGAAUAUCCUAGUUUGGUCUUUUUUUUCUUCUUGUUAGAUGCACGCACUUUUCAACGUACAAGCUCGUUGGUCCCGAGACUCUGGAAUACUACCAUGACAACUCUCAAUUACUGAAGAAAUAUUGUAUUCGCCUGAUUGAUUAACCCCUCGAUAUAGUUGUAAAUACUUCCCUUGUCCCUCUAUAUCUCUAUAGACCUUUUUUUCUAUCUUGUCCCCCCCCAUCGCCGCAAUCCCCGAGCUCUUGAACCCGCUCUUCAAUCGCAAUUCUCCGAUAUUGUAGUGCCACAAUGGCGACGCCCCGAAGCUUCAUUCGAAGCAUACCAAAAAUUCAAUUCCGCUCUAUACAAUCCUCUUCACAAUUUAACCGACCUGCAUUCUCGAUAUGUACGAGAUUAAGACCGAAUGCGCCGUUAAUACGUCACACUCGAGCGAGCGCCACUCUAUUGCGACAGUUUAGCACCACCCCCAUACACCAACAUGGCCACAUACAUCCACCGAAGCCAGGCGAGGAGCUCUACGUCACAUUCAUCGACAAAGAGGGAAGAGAGCACAAAAUAGCCGUAUCGAAAGGCGACAACCUCCUCGAUAUCGCCCAGGCGCAUGAUCUAGAGAUGGAGGGAGCUUGCGGCGGCUCGUGCGCGUGCUCCACAUGCCAUGUCAUCGUCCUCGACGAGGAAUACUACGAUAAGAUGCCCGAGCCCGAGGAUGACGAGAACGAUAUGCUGGAUCUAGCGUUCGGAUUAACCGAGACAAGUCGUCUAGGCUGCCAGGUGGUCAUGACCAAGGAGCUCGAUGGUGUGCGAGUCAAACUCCCCUCCAUGACGAGGAAUCUGCAAGCGAGCGAUUUCGGUUCGAAAUAAUGAGAAUAAUUGCGUAAUUAAUUGAAGGAAGAUUAAAAGAUGAAUGACCGAGGACAUAGAAACUCGACAUUUGAAGGAUCGAAUGAAUUGUACCAAUGGAUAUUAUUGUCCGAGGUAUCUACAGCAUAUGGCAUGGCAAUGGAUGGCAAUGGCGGCUUUGAAAAAAAAACUGACAGGUUAGGAUUGUGAGUCUGUAUCGGGUUACCACGGAACGAGCCAUGAAAUGUAUUAUAUCGCUAGCUGAAUUAGCUUGCUGGCUUGGAGAUAGACCGAAACCUCAACUCUAACGAGAUCAUGUUCAUGAAAGUAAAU